AUGACUUUCAUUCAUCAACGUCGUCCUCAUCAUCAACCUGAUCAACUCGAUAUGUUUAGCCAUGUCGCUUCGUUUGGCUUGGGAUACCAUCAUCCGCAUGCCCAUCCUCGACACACCUUUGGCUUCGAACACCACCAUCAUCAUCAAGCAAAUGGUCCCCAUGCCUUUGGUUUUGGACACCAUGGACGUCGCCAUCACCAUCACCAUCGCCAUCAUAAUGAUCAUGCCCAAGGUCACCAUGACUUUGGACACCUUCAUCGCGGUCGAGGCUGUGGAUUUGACCCUCACGAGGCUGGAGAUGAUCAAAUCUUGAUCGUCAUGGCCACAAGAGAUCUAGACCACCGUAGACACGGUCAUCAUGGCAGGCACCAUGGCCAUUGUCAUCGCGUUCCUCAUGACCAAAACCUAGAUUUUGGAGGACAACACCAUGGGCAUGGUGGUGGAUGCCAUUAA